AGCACAUCUCGUGAUUAUUUCAUUGGCAAGGAAACCUGGGAGAGCUUUUAAAAACGUCAACGUGGAAAUUUUUCUAUCUUCUGAGAAAGAGAAUUCGAGUUGCAUUCAUGAUUGCCGUUGACGAGAGGAUACGUUGCGAGCGAAUUAUGGAGUGGAGAGGACAACGUGGAGAGGGGAUUCGCUCGUCGACAUUGAACGCGUUGAUUGAUCGCGAGAUGAACGCCAAGAGGAAGCCGCGAUUGAACGAUCAAACGGAGGAAUCCUUGGUGGAUGGGAUGCCAAGCUUUUAGCAGAAACGAGGUUGUCCACGCGCGCGAAAUCGACGACAUCGAACUGUGUAUACAAAUAUUCUUGAAUCUUGACCAAAAAGAAAAAAGAAAAGAGAAAGGAAAAAAGCAAAGAAUACAAAUAUAUAAAAGGAUAAAUUGAAGGAGGAUUUUUUCGAAGAAGCUCCACUGGGGUGGGAACGAACAAUGUCGUUUUGCAGGAUAACAGGGAGAAGCAGGGGACUCCCCAAACCGAACUACUUUCCCCUGUUGCCGCCUAUCAGCCCGGCUGACGCGAAACGUUUCUGCCGUAUAACAGGCAAAUCUUACGGUCUGCCCACUCAUCAUUACAUUCCAGUUCUGUUGGGCGUUCACGCCCACGACAAGUCGAGAUGCAGGAUAACGAACGCCUCCGGGUUGGGGCCCCAUCACUACACGGCCGGCUACGUUCUAGGCGAGAAGAAGAGGCACGUGGUCCUCAAGGAUUAUCGCUACGUGUUCCCGGUGUUGGAAGGGGAGGGGGAGCAGCAGAGAGUUCUGAGAGAUCUGUUGAACACGAAACACCCCCCGCACGACGAGGAGCAAUCCAAGUUCGUGUACACGGUGGAGGAGAGGAGGUGCAGCCUCGUGUUCCCGUCGAGGUUGGAGGCCGCGGUGAGGGACGGGGACGUGAAGGACGUGAUGCUGUCCAGGGAUUGCGACACAGUUCUGUUCAGAUUGAAGCAAGGGAAGAACGUUUCCGUUGAUUUCAAGGAUCUGAAGGAUUUCGAGAAUCUUUACGACGGAUUGGGCCCGAGUCAGGAGGCGGUGAAGGAGAGGGAGAGGGUGGAGGCCGAGGCCAGGAAGAUACGGAAGAGGAAACGGCAGGGUGGGUUGAGCCACGCGAGAAAGAUCUUCGAGGAGAAGGAGAAGGCCGCCGAGGAGGAGGAGGAGGAGGAGAUGAGACGGGCGAAGCAGUUGAAACUUCGCACCCUGAGGGAAGAGGCGAAGGAGGAGGCGAGGGAGGAGACGUGGAGGCACGUGAAUUUGGAACAGGCGAGGAGCAGGGCGUGCGACUUCAUAUCUGUGGCGNCGACGAGGUCGUGUUCUACGACGCUGGCCCGACCGGGAUGCCCGUCGAUCCGAAAACCGUGAACGUUUCGAUCCAACAGAGCGAGAUUUUCGGCCACAUGGUGCAGACAGAGAGAGGGGUGGAAUUUUACCCCGAGGCCGAGAAGA